AUGGCGGAGCCUGGUUAUAAGAGUCGUAUCCAAAAUUUCAAGAAUAAAGGAAAGGAUCAAGAUGAAAUGCGAAGGAGACGGAAUGAAGUCACUGUAGAACUUAGAAAAAAUAAACGAGAAGAAACUCUACAAAAAAGGCGGAAUGUACCAAUUGUAGAUUUGACAGACGAGGAUGAUGUUGAAAAAUCUUUAUCAAACACCAACUUGGAACAGCUUGUUCUCCAAGCAGCAGCUGAUGAUAACCCUCCUAUGCAGUUAAUGGCAGUUCAAACUGCUAGAAAAUUGUUAUCUUCAGAGAGAAAUCCUCCAAUAGAUGUGCUUAUAUCUAGUGGAAUUUUACCUAUUCUUGUGAAGUGUUUAGAACGGCAAGAUAAUCCAUCCUUACAAUUUGAGGCAGCUUGGGCAUUAACGAAUAUUGCUUCAGGAACAUCUGCACAAACAAAUAAAGUUGUAUCAGCUGGUGCAGUACCACUGUUUUUAAUGUUACUGCAUUCUCCACAUCAAAAUGUUUGUGAACAAGCUGUAUGGGCUCUUGGAAAUAUUAUUGGUGAUGGACCUGUGCUUAGAGACUAUGUUAUAGAAUUGGGUGUAGUAGAUCCGUUACUAUCUUUUAUCAAACCAGAAAUACCUAUAUCAUUUUUAAGAAAUGUCACAUGGGUUAUUGUGAAUCUCUGUAGAAACAAAGAUCCACCUCCCCCAAUACAAACAAUAGAAGAAUUAUUACCAGCCUUGAAUGCUCUUAUUCAUCACACAGACAUAAAUAUAUUGGUUGAUACAGUGUGGGCUUUAAGCUAUCUGACAGAUGGAGGCAAUGAACAGAUUCAAAUGGUUAUAGACAGUGGAGUAGUACCAAAAUUAAUACCCUUACUAAGUCACAAGGAAGUAAAAGUUCAGACAGCCGCUCUUAGAGCAGUAGGUAACAUAGUUACUGGAACAGAUGAACAGACUCAGGUUGUUUUAAAUUGUGAUGCGCUGUCUCAUUUUCCUGCACUUUUAACUCAUCCCAAGGAGAAAAUUUGUAAAGAAGCUGUAUGGUUUUUGUCUAAUAUUACUGCUGGAAAUCAGAUGCAAGUUCAGGCUGUUAUAGAUGCUGGUUUACUACCAAAAAUAAUACACAAUUUAAGUAAAGGAGACUUUCAAACACAAAAAGAAGCAGCUUGGGCAAUAAGUAACCUUACUAUAGGUGGCAAUAAAGAUCAAGUUGCUAGACUUAUUCAGGAGGGAGUAAUUCCACCUUUCUGUGAUUUAUUGAAUUGCAAGGAUGCCAUGGUCAUUCAAGUGGUCUUAGAUGGAAUUAACAAUAUGCUGAGAAUGGCAGGACCACAAGUUGAACAGCUAUGCACUAUGAUAGAAGAAUGCAAUGGUCUCGAUAAAAUUGAAGCAUUACAGAAUCACGACAAUAUUGAAAUUUAUAAAUUAGCAUAUGAUAUAAUUGAGCAAUACUUCAGUGGUGACGCAGAUGAUGAUCCUAAUCUGGCACCUGCAGCUGGAGAAAGUGGCUUUACAUUUGAUCCUAAUACAAAUGUCCCAAAUGAAGGUUUUAAAUUUUGAUCUUUCUGUAAUUACUCUGUGUAAUUGUUGACCGUUUAUUCGCGAGUGUUGCUUCCUUACUUAUAUCAAAUGACUAUUUAUGUACGCUCAUUUUAAGUUCGUGUAUAUAUUAUAUAUAUAUUUUUUAUAUGAAAUCAUUGCAACAUUAUAUUUAUAGGAUAUUUAUUUAAUUUGAAUUAAUGUCUAUGUUUUAUGGAAUUAUGGAAUAUUAAUUGGACAUAAAAUUUCAUAGUUUUCUAAUAAUUUUAAUUUUGUAUUUGAAUUAGGUAAAUAUUCGGGCAUAUUUGAAGAAAAUAAAAUGUGAUGUAUAGAGUCAAAUAGUUUUAAAAUGACCGUACAUAGUAAAAGAUCUGAGCAUGAUAAAAAAAAUAUUUUUUUAUGCACAUUUCAAUAAUUUAAUUUUAUUUAUUCAAUUAAUUGCUGCUAAUGUAUCAUGCACAGAUCUGAUUAGAUUUUACCUUGUAAUUUAUGAUAUUAUUCUUUAGGGAACAUACUUGCCGACUGAAGUUCAAAUAGAACCAAGUAUGUUUACUAAAUAAAUAUAAACUAGUAAUUUGACUGUUUUAUUACAUUAUGAAUUGUUUAUAUUGCUUUUUUAUUUGAUUAGGGACAAAAUUCUAGUUUUUAUACCAUGUCUGCCAUGGUAAAAUGACAAUUGUUUAAAGUAAGUAUUGAAUCAAAAAAUAGUUUUUUAUGUAACUAUUUAAAUUCUAGGUAAAAUAUUAUAGUUUUUCCUUUCUCAAUAUAUAUAAUUAAUUGGUAAACAAUUUUGAAUUGUAAAUUUAUAUAGAAAUAAACAUUUAAUCUAU